AUGACUGUUCCUUCGAUUCUGGAGGGGGAGAACGAGCCGGUGGCCAUAGUGGGCAUGGGAUGUCGGUGGGCUGGCGGAGUAAAAGAUUCCCCAGGGCUAUGGGAACUAUUACGAAACAAGCAAGACGGAUGGAGGGAGUUCAGCGAGCCACGCUUCCCUGCCGACGGCUUCUACCACCCCAACCAAGACCGGCCGGGGUCUGUUAGGCAACGGGGUGGCUUCCUUUGCGAUGAAGACCCGCGGCUAUUCGACCAUGCUUUCUUCGGCAUGACGGGCCGUGAGGUCGAGACUAUGGACCCGAAUCAGCGCAAACUUCUCGAAGUGGUCUAUGAGGCCUUUGAGAAUGCCGGUGAGACCUGGGACAGCAUUUCCGGGUCUCGAACCGGUGUUUAUAUCGGCAACUUCGCUCUAGACCACUUGCUUAUCCAGGCGCGGGAGUGGGAUUACACCAAACCCUACGCAUCAACGGGUGCUGAGACGAGCAUUCUAGCCAACCGGCUCAGUUACGUUUUCAACCUGCGUGGACCGAGUCUCGCGACAAACACAGCGUGCUCGUCGUCCAUGUACGCGUUGCAUCUAGCUGUGAGCGCCAUCCGCAGCGGCGAUUGUGAUGGCGCUGUGGUGGCCGCCGCCAACUGGAUCAGCGACCCAAGCAUGCAAAUUGUGCUCGAUAAGCUGGGUGCCCUAUCCCCGACAUCGCGGUGCCACACAUUUGACGCCGCUGCUGACGGGUAUGCCCGCGGCGAGGGCUUUGUCGCCCUCUACCUCAAGAAAUCCUCGCUCGCUGUCUUGGAAGAACUGCCUAUCCGAGCUAUGAUCCGCGGUACCGCUGCCAACGCCAACGGCAAAACCGGUGGUAUCACGCGGCCCAGUGCGAGGGGCCAGGAGGAUUGUAUCCGCGAGGCCUAUAAGAAUGCCGGGAAUCUUCCCUUCCAAGAUACUGCCUUCUUCGAGUGCCACGGAACCGGUACUCCAGCAGGCGACCCCCUCGAAGUAUCGGCCGUUGGAAACGUAUUUGCACCGUCGAAAGAUUCGGACGCUCCCGAAGACCGCUUGUUGAUCGGGUCUAUCAAGCCCAACCUUGGCCACACCGAAGGAGCAAGCGCACUGGCUUCUAUCAUGAAGGUUGUUCUGUCUCUCGAGGCUGGCGAGAUCCCCCCGACGUACGGCGUGCAGAAUCUGAACCCAGACAUCGACUUCGAUGGGGCAAAUGUGACUGUCGUUAUGGAUGGGCCAGUGCCGUGGCCCAAGGGCAAGCUUCGCCGUGCAAGUGUGAACUCGUUUGGCUUCGGUGGUGCCAACGGCCACUGCAUUAUCGACCAGGUCAACGAGGUACUGCCGGGCUAUGUGAAGCCUGGGCUGAUAAAGGCCACUCCCUCGAUCUCAGCAGCCUUGAACGGCCAUUCUAACGGAACUAGCCAGAAUGGACACGCCAACGGUCACUCUAAUGGUCACUCCAAUGGCUACUCCAAUGGACACUCCAACGGUCAGUCCAAUGGAGACGCGAAUGGACACUCCAACGGUCAGUCCAAUGGAGACGCGAAUGGACACUCCAACGGUCACUCCACUGGCUCGUCUAAUGGCAACGGCUUCUCCAACGGUAAUGGGCACCAUCAUACAAACGGAAGCGGCAGCAACGAGUCGACCACUAAUGUCCCGCAUCACUCGCCCCUCGUUUCAACAGUGACCAAGUCGGCCAGUGCAAAUGCAUCCACUCGGCCCUGGGUCGUGCUCCCUUUCUCGGCUCACAACACGACUUCCCUCGAGCAGAACAUCAACGCCUUGUCCAAGGUCGCCAACCGGUUCAGCCUCGCCGACAUUGCUUACACCCUGGGUAGCAAACGUUCCCGCCUCCAGCAGCGGACCUUUGUCGUUGUGGAAACCGGCAAGGUUGCUUCCGGUGUUGACUUUACGUCUGACCAGCGGGUCUUCAACAGCCCCAUCCAGCCCAGCACAGUCGGCUUUGUCUUCACCGGUCAGGGCGCGCAGUGGCAUGCCAUGGGCGCACAGCUCUUUGAGUACGGCGUAUUCCGAAACACAAUUUCCUUCCUCGACCAUAUCCUCGAGAAGGUUCCCAACCCUCCCACGUGGACCAUCGCCGCCACCCUGUCAGGCGAGUACGAGCCAGAACACAUCCAGUCUCCCCAGGUGUCGCAGGUUGCAUGCACAGCUGUCCAGAUAGGCAUUGUGGACUUGUUAGCCUCUUGGUCAGUUCGGCCCGCCGCCGUGGUCGGGCACUCCUCGGGUGAGAUGGCCGCUGCGUAUGCCUCUGGCUAUCUUACUGCCGCCCAAGCCAUCGCGGCGGCAUACUUCCGCGGCCAGGCUCUUAUCAAGAACACGAAGAAAGGAGCUAUGUUGGCCGUCGGUCUGGGCGUAGAGGAGGUGUCGAGCUACCUUGAGGGAAGGGAAGAGCAGGUCGUCAUCGCAGCCAUCAACUCUCCCGGCAGUGUUACGCUCUCGGGUGAUGCAGAUGCUAUCGAAGCUCUCUCUGCCGUGCUGUCCAAAGAAGGUGUCUUCAACCGGAUCCUACGCACAUCAGGCAGCGCUUACCACUCGCACCACAUGUUGGCGGUUGGUAGCGAAUAUCUUGAUAUGCUUGAACGCGGCGAAGAGCGCCUUCGGGAGCUGGGGCUGGUCGACGAAGUCGCGCGAUAUCCCAAAGUUCCUUGGGCCUCGUCGGUGAAGCCGGACAAAGUCGUUGCUGAUGGAGACCUGAAGGCCCGUUACUGGAGGGAGAACCUGGAGUCGCCCGUGCGUUUCACCCAGGCCGUGACGAAAAUGAUGACGGCGGACGGUAUUGAUGGGACGGCAAUCGAUGUCCUGGUCGAAAUUGGACCCCAUGCCGCUCUGAAAGGCCCCGUGGAGCAAAUUCUCAAGAGCAUCGGCAAACCUGCGACCUAUGUGCCAUCGUUGCAGAGGAACGAGGACGGUGUCAAGUCGCUGCUGCAGCUUGCCGGAACCCUGUUCGCCAUUAACGCCGACAUAGACAUGCCUGCCGUCAAUGCCACCGACUCAGACGUCUCGAUUACCUCCUCCGGGCCCGCCUUGACACAUGGCUGCCUUGCGGUUGACCUUCCAGCCUACCAGUACACGUAUGGACCAGUCAGUUACUACGAGAGCAGAAUUAGCAAGGAAUAUCGCAUACGAGACUUCCUCAGGCAUGACCUCCUGGGCUCUGAGGUGCUAGGGUCCGGCAAGCUUCAGCCCCAAUGGAGGAAUGUUCUUCGCGCCAAGGAUGUUCCAUGGCUGAGUGAUCACCGUCUCGUGCCGGAUGCCGUCUUCCCUGCCGCUGGCUUCAUUGCGGUGGGAGUCGAGGCUGCCAUGAGAGUGUACCGUGGUCUCCCAGGCGCCCUGGAAAUCACUGGUUAUUCUUUCAGAAAUGUUGAUAUCGACACUGCUCUGAGGAUCCCCGAGGAUGACUACGGCGUCGAAGUCAUCAUCAGCCUGGAUGUCGUGGAUACGGCAACGGCAAAAUCACCCGCAUGGGCCAAGUUUACUGUUACGUCAGUCACCCGAGACUCGAGCGAGUGGACGCAGCAUUGCACCGGCUUGGUCAGGGUCGAGGUGUCUCCGCCAGCACAACGGGUCAAGAUGAGCACCGAGAUGGACCCACGAUUCCCAAGUGUUCAGGGAUGGUACGGCAAGUUCCACGAGAUCGGGCUGGAGUAUCGCAAAACGUUCCAACCCCUAUCAGAUCUUCAGGUGGAUCCCCAUCGGAACCUCGCCACGGCCACAGUAGCCUUGAACACAACCGAUGGGACAGUGAAAGAGGGUGAGUCCAGCUACCCUCUGCACCCGGCUGCUCUGGACGCCGCGUUUCAGCUGGCCAUCAUCGCCUUUUAUGGGGGUGAGCUCGAGAAAGCCACGACAGCGUUUGUUCCAGUCCAUCUAUCGCAGCUAUAUUUGAAAGCAGGCCUGCAUGGCGAGGAGUCAGCCAGUGCGGUCGCCCAAGGGUCGAUUCAAGGGCUCCGAAGCGCCCAGGCGCACUUGCAGAUGCUAGACGCCCGCGGCGAUGUCUUCCUCGAGGUGGAUAUGAUGCGGUUUGCAAGUUUCAAAGAGACCAAGACCAACGACGCGCAGUCCAGGCUGCCCUUUAGCAGCCCCUUCACCAGGCUGGAGUGGAAGCCCGACAUCCGCACGCUCAGCAAUGAUCAAGCACGGAAGCUGUUUCCACCACCGGCCGAAAACGCACAGAUGGCCGCUGACCUCGAGGUCCUCGAGAUGAUCUGCUCCCUGGUUGCCUUCGAGAUACACGACACCUUCGUCACGGGCACUGACAAGGUCACCCCUAAAGGUGACAUAAGGCACUGGCUAGCCUGGGUCAAGAGGCUUGUCGAGGAGGACCAAAGGGCGCAGGUAGUCGAAGCUCGGAAGCUAUCUCCGGAACAGCGCCGCGAGAUGCUGCAACAACUCUACACCCAAGUGGGGGACCGACCUGAGGCGAAGGCCGCCCAGCUUCUGCACGAAAAUGCGGCCGACAUCCUCCACGAACGGAGAACCGGCAUCGACGUGCUGAUCUCCAACAUGCUGCUCACACCGCUGUACGAGGUCGGCACCGCCAUCGCCGGUUCCCAUCCCCAAGUAUUCAACAUCAUCGACUCACUAGCCCACGCGAACCCCAACGCCCGCAUCCUUGAGAUCGGCGCCGGGACCGGGUCCGCCACACGCGGGGCGAUGAAGGCCCUAGCCGGCCCCAACGGCAUCAAGCGCUACGCCGACUACACUUUCACCGACAUCUCGGCCGGGUUCCUCGCAGGCGCCAAGGAGAUGCUGGCCGGGUACCGGGACAUCCACUACUCGGUGCUGGACAUCGAGCAGGACCCCAUGGCGCACGGCUACGAGCCCGUGUACGACAUCGUGCUGGCGUGCGAGGCCAUCCACGCCACGGCGAGCAUGGAGCGCACGCUGGCGCACUGUCGCAGCCUGCUUAAGCCAGGGGGCACACUGGUACUGGCCGAAACCACGCGCAUGCGGGUCCUGCUUGGUCUCUUGUACGGCACCCUCACGGGGUAUUGGCAGCAUGAGGACGCUCGGACCGAGGGGCCGUUUAUGAACCUCGAUAUCUGGCAGCGGCGGCUGCAGGAGUCGGGGUUUUCGGGAGUGGAUAUCCAUGUUGAUGACUAUGAAGCCCCUCAUGCGACGACGUCGGUCUUGGUGACGACGCGUGUGGAGCCUGAACAGCACCAACAGCACGAGCAUGGCGCGCAGAAUGGAAAGGAGGAGGUGGAGGAGGCGUUAGUCUAUCUCCUCCAUGAUGGCCAAAGUACGCUGGAUGUGCUGGGACAACAACUCGUGGCAGAGUUUGCGCGGCGCGGUACCUCUUGCAGAGCCUUGGCCCUGGAUAGCGCAGCGGAUGGUGCGGUACCGCCCGACGCCCGCGUGGUCGCCCUCUUGAGCGACAAGAACGAUCUUUUCGACACCGAGGAUGCCCACCGCUUCGAGGCGUUCCAACAUCUUGCCCGGAACGCCAAGAGUAUGGUUUGGUUGACGUCGGGCGGCAUAAUCAAGGGACAGGAUCCCCGCGGUGCCUUCAUGGCCGGCCUUCUCCGGGUCCUGGCAACAGAGAACCCGGCCGGACGGUUCGUCUCGAUCAAUGUCGAGGGCCACGGCUUCGAGAGCGCCGAUGACGACCUCACACGCGCAAUCGUCGACAGCGAAGCCUCUUUACAACAAGCCCAGGAAUCUGAUGGGGCAAGCGUGGAUUCCGAAUUCGCGUGGCAGGACGGUUGGCUCGGUGACUAUUCGGACACGAUCAGGACUCCAGCCCACCAAGGAUUCGACAUGCGGCCCUUGGAGUCCCUGGGCGCCCAAAAGCCCGUUCGCGCAGCGUUUGAGACAGCCGGUGUUGUGAACUCUUUGUAUUUCCGUUCCUAUGCCGAGCUCCUGCAGCCCCUGCCGGUUGACCACAUUGAAGUCCAGAUUGCCGCCGCAGGGCUGAACUGGAAGGACGUCUCGGUUGCCUCUGGUCGCGAGGGUUCGACCAGAUACCUCUCAUCCGAAUACGCCGGAACUGUGACCAUGGUCGGGACCAACGUAAUCGGACUAUCCGUUGGUGACCGGGUUUACGGCAUUGGCAAGGGGCACUUUGGAAACUACGAGAGAGUUCCAGCCGCCUUUGCACAACGGCUUCAGCUCACGGAUGACUUGGUCGAGGCUGCCACGAUGCCUAUUGACUAUGCCUCAGCCCUCUAUGCCUUUGACUACGUCACGCGGCUCAGGAAAAGCCAUAGCGUUCUAAUCCAAGCCGCUGCUGAAGGUCUGGGGCUCGCAGCAAUUCAAAUCGCCCGGUCCAAGGGGGCCAACAUCUUUGCCAUUGCCCGCGACGCGGAUGAAGCUUCCUUCCUGGCUGAUACCGCUGGGAUUCAACGCGAUCACAUCAUCUCGUCCUCUGACGGUCCAGAAGCCCUGGUCUACGCUGCCAGAGCGACAAGCAGGGGCGGAUUUGAUGCUGUUCUCAGCAUUCUCAGCGCAGGCGAAGAGGACCGCGAUUCUCUCUACCAUCUCAUCAAGGCCGUCGCACCCAUGGGUCACCUCAUUGACGUAGGCGGCCGCUUGCUCAAUAUGCUCGAGUCCAUGAAGGCAACGGAAAACCUCGAGAUGCUCCGCAACAACAGCAACUUCUCAUCAUUUGACAUCGGUGCCAUUUUGGACAACGAUGCAGAGCUUGGCGCUGAGCUGAUGAAGAAAGUACACUGGCUGUACCAAGCCGGUCAAAUCAGCCCCGUCCAUCCGGUUUCCGUGACCUCCGUCUCGGAGCUCGACCAGACCUUGCUCGCCCUAUCGAAGGGAACGCACGUGGGAAAGACCGUCGUUUCAUUCCAGGGCCCCACCGCAACUAUCAAGCUGCUUAGGGAACCGCAACCGGUGACCUUCGACUCCGAGGCCCUUUACAUCAUCACGGGUGGGUUGGGCGGCCUUGGUCGCAGCAUCAUCCGUUGGAUGGCCGACCGCGGCGCACGCCACUUUGUCACCCUCUCCAGGCGAGGCGCCGCGGCCCGGAGUGUGCCAGCAGCACAGCUACUGAUCGACGACAUGGAAGCCCAAGGUGUCAACCUGGAAACCAUGGGCUGCGACGUGAGCCAACAGGAAGAGGUUAUGCAGACCAUUUCGCUGAUCAAGACCUCCACCGCGCGCCCCAUCAGGGGUGUUGUGCACGCGGUGCUGUCGCUGUCGGAUCUAUCCUUCGACAAGCUAACCAUGGACCAGUUCCGCAGCGGCACGGUAGCCAAGACCCUAGGAUCCAUCAACCUGCACGAAGCCACCCUCUCAGAACCGCUCGCCUUCUUCGUCAUGCUGACCAGCACCGAAACCAUCUGGGCACCACCCACACAAGCAGCCUACAUCGCGGCGGACAACUUCGCGACCUACUUCGCGCGCUUCCGGCGCAGCCAGAACCUCCCCGCAUCCACCGUCUCCUACGGCUUCGUGCACGACCUCGGCUCCGACUACCGCGCGACCUCGCACGGCACCGAGGACAUGUACGCGCGCAACCUGGCCUGCACCAUGACCGAGCACCAGGCCCUCGCCGCACUAGAGCCGGCCUUAGUAAGCUCCUCCUGCUCCAAGGACCAAGACGCCUGGGCGGCCAGCCACCGGUUCGACCCGCUCUCGGCAGCCACCUACUUCACCUGCCUCAGCCCGCUGGAGCUGGCGAGCAAAACGGCGGCCAACGUGCCGCGCUGGCACCGCGACGGGCGGGUGGCGCUGCUCAUGCGGGCUGUUGCCGACGCGCGGCGGCACGCGAGCAGCAGCGCUGCGAAUGAGGGUGGGGAUGGGGGUGAUCAUGGUGAGGGGGGGGUCGUGCGGCAGCGGCGGGCGUUUGACGAGGCGAUCAAGGCUGGGGCGGACGGGCGGGACGCGGCGGUGGUGCUCGUGACGGGGGGAGUGUGCAGUGCGAUUGCGGAGAUGCUGUUUAUUGAUGUUGGGAAUGUCAAUCCGGGGAAGAGCGUGGCUGAGCAUGGCGUGGAUAGUCUGAUUGCGGCCGAACUGCGCAAUUGGUUCUUGCAGGCGCUCAGGGCGGAUAUGAGGAAUUUGCUGGAUUCGACCCUGAGCAUUCGGGCGUUAGCCGAGGGGAUUAUUGACAAGGCGUUGGCCGGGUGAAAAAGGGGCUGCGCUGCGAUUGGAGUUCGGGUUCAUGGUUUCUAGUUUUUGCCCCUUUUUUACCCCCUUUAAGUCAUUCCUUAUAUUCUGUUUGCACCCC